UACAGUCCCCCUAGUGUUGUUGUUGCGCCAAUGAAUGUAAAGAAAAACAUGGGCUACAUUUUGACGUUGAUAUUUUGUUUCUAUGAACUUUAAUAAGCAACACAUUAGCUGUAUUUGAGCUGUAUUUGAGGAUGGAUUCCGAAGCAGCGACCCAUUCAGCAGGUUAGUUUAUAACAUUCAUGUUUUGUCUGUAUGGUUAUAACAUGCAUACUUCCAUUGUCUAUACGUUAUGUAUAGCCAGCAGAAGAAACUGCCCAGUGCGUGAAAACACUUAUGUUAUUAUGUCAUCAUUUACAAAUAUAGUAUGAAAUGAAUGCCUGGGGAAAAAGUCCCAAAACACUUUAAACACUUUGGUGAAUAUUUUUUCAGGUACAGCCAGCAGCAGCAGACUGUCUGCGGACCCAUUGCUGCCCGUGCUGCCCAUUCUGGACCCCACUGUGCCCCUGGACAGGCAGCAAUGUGUCCUGAAGGCAACCAAAGAGGCCAGGGCCUUUCACAGGCCCAAAGGCUUCCAAGCCAGCGCCGGUCCCAAGGACCUUCAGAUGGCUUGUGAUGAAGCAAAAAGGAGAUGCCGGCUCGCCACUACUACCAGGCCCUCAAAGAAGCUCUACCUUGGCCAGCUGGUUAUUCCCUUUGGGAAAUAUGCUGGCCAAAGCUUCAUGUGGCUGGUAGCGAAUGAUGUGGGCUACUUAAAAUAUCUGCUUGACCGCCAUAUUGCGGAGAGCCAGGACCCGGGCAGGACAGGAGGAACCAGAGAGAAUGACUGGGUGAAGGACUGUCUCCUCCGUUAUGUGGAGUUUUUCCCCUCAGUCUCCUGCCACCUGGAGAAAAAUGUGGACAGGGCCAUUUAUGGACAGGGUCGCUUUAAGUCCUUCACCUUUCAGGAGAUGUGGCAGUGGUACAGCCUGCACAAGUGCCUUAAUGCCGACCCUCAAGCUGGCAGUGCCCAAGAGAGGAAGAUGGCAGAGGAGGCUUUCUCUUCUGUUCGCCAGUGGCUUGGAAUGAAGGAGGAGGACAUCAGCUCCAAGGCACUGAAGCGCUUCAGGAGAUUUAUUCUCGACAAAGAGAAACAGAAUGCCCCUACUGCAGCUGUACCAUCUUCGUCUGGUCCUGUCCCAUCUGAAACAGUGGUUCCUCCGUCUGCGUCAGUGGUUCCUCCGUCAGCGUCAGCGUCUGCUUCAGUGGCCCCUCCGACAGCAACAUCCCUGUCACCUUGGCACGAUACAUUGUUUUCAGAGGCUCUCGCCACUUUUGAAGGACAAGUGUCUCUCCCGCCCACCUGCUUGACUCCAGGAAGAACCGGCUGAUGUACUGCAUCGUUAAACAGCUCUGGCUUCACCCGGACUGCAGGAAAAAGGCUCGCGGCUCCCCUCUCAAGCACCAGAUCACCACACUCUACCAGCGGGUGCAACAGAGAAUGACCGUGGAUGACGCUGAAAUCAGCAAUCUAGGGAUUCCCAUCCUGAAAAUGAACAACAAAUCUGUUGCUGAGUUCAUAAGGAGACAGGAGCCUUCUCAGCCACAAACGUGACGGAUUGAGGUUUGUCUAUCCUCCAGCGUCCGCAGAGCGUCACCAGCACCAGCCUACCUCCCGCUGCAGAGCUCCCGGAUGAGAGGCCGCACACGGACGGGGCCAGAAGACGAGCUUCUGGCCUCUCAGUCCCAGGCCCCUUAGAGCAGCGCUUGAAUGCUCUGACACUGGGCUCUUUGUAUAUAUUAUGUAUAUUCAUAUUUGACAGACACAAUCAUUCGUUUUGUAUUAUAUUUCACUAUGCACCUUAUUUCUCACUGUUUGAAUUUUAUAUUUUAGAGGUGUUUUUACUGUUGUGCUUGCUGUGUUCUUUGUAUAUAUUUAGCAGAUGCAAUCAUUCUUUUUCCAGUUCAUGACAUAUCUUUAUGCACCUUCUUGGAAACUACUUACUAAUUACUUCCUUAAUGUGCAAAUCACAAAUGUCACAACUCAUCAAAAUCUUGUUUUGUGUGUGUAUAUAUAUAGGCUAUAUGCACUUGUUACCUCUGUCACAGGCAUAAUAAUUCUCUUGCACUACGAGCUUGAUGCCUUUUACAUUGAUCUCCAGGACAAGGCUUUAUAUUCUAUAAUGUAUAUUUAAUCUUUAUCUUGGUUGUCAUUGCUGUUUUAGAUUUAGAUUUUAAGCUAAUAUUACAAUUAUUAAUGUUUUUUUACACCUGUGUUUAUAAACCUGUGACAACCUAAUUUAUUAUUGAUAAUGUGAGUUAUUAAAAAAACAAAUUGCACU